CAUUUAUAUAGCAACGGUCAAAGCAUUGAUUGAACUUGUUUUCUUAAGCUUUGAGGAUCUAAAUAAGACAUUUAUUUUUCGUCUCCAAACAUGAAUCGGCCAUCAAGACGUGGUCCACCAAACAUAGCAGGAUUGUAUUCAGUUAAAGUCGACAACAUCCCUUACAAAACAACACCAGAUGAACUUCGCGAGACCUUCGAAAGGUUUGGCGACGUGGGCGAUGUUUACAUCCCAAGAGACAGAUUCACAAGGAAAAGCAGAGGCUUCGCAUUUGUUAGGUUCGUAAACAAGCACGACGCACAAGAUUCGGUUCAAGGACUGGAUGGCGCUAUACUUAAGGGCAGAGAAGUAAGAUGUCAAAUGGCCUAUGGACUACCUCAAAUUAGGGGCCUUGUUGCAAGGUCGCGUUCUCCCAGAAGGCGCAACGAUCCAUCUCCGAUAGCACGCCAUCGAUCUUAUUCACCUGAGUGGGAUAGUGAUUUUUCCGACGACUGAUUUGUUUCCUGAUUGAACAGCUUCUUAGAGUGACACAACAGUCAAACAAAAAAGUGUUUCUAAAGAAUCUGUUGGAAUACAUUGUCAUUGAACUGAUUUGUCUGUUUUCAUGAUGUCUCUAUGUAUGUUGCCCAUGCGAGAAAAGGUACAAUCUCAUUUCGAAUGCGUGUGCAAUUGAAACAUUUCAUCAAUGUUGUCACUGUGCUGGUCUAAAGUCAAGUUUUGAGAUGUGCAUUUAAUUGUUUCACUAUUGUAUAUAUUCCUAAUUUUAAAUUUUAGAUACAAUUUUAAAACUAUAAAAAAUGUUUGCUUCUUUUUAUUACUAAAGACACACAGAUCUCUAGAUCUGUUUAUUUUACUUUUAAAAUAAAAGCUUGUAAAUGUGUAUCUUUUUUUUCUUAUUUUAUACUAAUUGUAGGUGCUGGGUUGUUAUGUACUAAAACUUAUAGUUUGAUCUUGUGCUAUUGCCAUACUGUUAGCUAUUUGGCAAGGCUAAUGUAAUAAAUAAGCAUCUAGCGUCAUUUAAAACAC